AAUGAUUGAUAAUUGGCAAGAAAUAUGAGAAAAUUAAAUUAAUAAAAAUAAAGGGGACACCCAAAAAGUCCACAAAUGCAAAGACAUUGGAACCUACAUGCCAAAGUGAGGGACAUAGACGUGAGGAGAUGUAAUAAUAAGUGUUAACAUUUCAUUAACCGUUUCUUUUCCCUCUUUACAAUCCAGCCACUUUCCAAAAAGACAAAUCACAAAAGUCUUUCUUACCUUAUUUUUCUCUCUUCCACUUCUCUGUCUCUGUCUCUCCUUCCUCUGCCAUUCCCCUGGGGAGCAAACAAGAACAGAACAUUAGGGAAAAGAAAGAAUGAAGAAAAAAGACAACCCAAGUUUCUCUAAUCAUGCAGUAAUUCAUUUGAUAUUCCAUUGAUUUUCUUCUUGGCAAUGUGCUAUGAUGGACCGCAGGACGCUAACGAUGAACUGGGAUGGUCUUGGAGAAGAUGAUGAUGAUGACAACUUCUUUGAGUCCCGUGACCGCCUUUCAACAGCCAUUCCCUUUGACUUGGCAUCCUCAGGAUCAGACGACGAUGAUGAAUUUGAGGACAGCCGCCUCUCCUUUGUCUCGACCCUUUCCUCAGCCUCCAUCAAGAAAUUCCAGGGGAUUGAGAUUGAGGCAGUUUCUGAUUCUUUCACCAGCAUGGAGGACUACGGCAUGUGGAUGGCUGAACCUGGUGAUAUCAAGGAACGUCGAAGGCGUCUCCUGCAAGGCAUGGGGUUAUCAAGCAAUAAGGACCUCCUCAAGCUCAAAAGCGCCAAGAUUGUACGAGCCAUUUCAAGAAAAGUUGAGACCAGCCAAGAUUCCAAACCACCAAAAGCAGAAUAUUCUCCUGCAAAAGAAUUAAAUCAAGAACAACAGCCAUCAGCUUCACAGCCAAUUGUGCUGGUCAGGUCGAGAUCAGACGGAGACAUACAAUUUUUUUCUGUAAAUACCAAGAAAAGAAAAGAGGAGCUAAUUGGUGACAUCUCUAAACAGCGGCUCACUAGGACAUUUUCAGGUGUUUUGGCACCGAGCUUAGGAAUAUGCCAAUUAGCUGGUUCGGUUAGAAUGUCACACAGAAAUAACACAAGUGGAUCGUCACUGCAAAAUGGCAGUGAUAUGUCCUCCACAUUGUCGAAUGGAAAUCCUGACGUGGGCUUUGCUUCGUUCUUCUUGAUAAAGAAUUUGGACACAGGAAAGGAGUUCAUUGUCAAAGAGUCCAAUGAACAGGGAAUGUGGAAUAAGCUCAGUGAUCUUCAGACAGGAAAGCAGCUUACCAUGGAUGAAUUUGAGAAAGAUGUGGGAUAUUCUCCUGUUGUAAAGGAACUGAUGCGCCGGGUAAAUGGUUCAAGAAAUCAUGAUGAUGAGAGGAAAUUAAACGCAAAUUCAUAUUUGAGUAAGAGGUUCAGAAAUAGCAAGAGAAGGGGAGUUGCUCUUUUGAAGAACAUAAAAGGAGUAGCACAUAGCAUGAGUGGCAAAAUUAUUGAUAAAGAACGUGAGCAAACUGCACCUGAGGAACAGCAGAAACCAAAUAAGGACUCCUCCAAAUGGAUUAAAGUCCGCCAGCAUGGAAAGUCCUACAAGGAACUCACAGCUAUGCACUUGUGUCAGGAAAUACGUGCUCACGAGGGCUCAAUAUGGACCAUAAGGUUCAGCUCGGACGCACACUAUCUAGCAACUGCAGGAGAAGAUACGUUAAUUCAUAUAUGGGAAGUGCAAGAAUGUGAAGUUAUGAAUGACUUACAAUCUGUUGUUGGUGCUGCAAGUACCUCACCUACUCAUCCAAUGGCUGGCUCUCUCAGUACCUCCCCUGUUCAUCCAAUUGCAAGGACCAAUUCAGACCGGCCUCCUCUGCCGGAGAUGGGACAUAUGGCAUCAGAAAGAAGGAAGAGGGGGAAGGUAUCCCAUAAGAAAAAGGGAAACUCAAUUCCGGAGUACGUCAAUGUACCCGAAACUGUUUUUGCUCUUUCAGAGAAACCAGUAUGCACUCUUAAAGGUCACCAGGAUGAUGUCUUGGACCUGUCUUGGUCAAGAUCUCAGCUACUUCUUUCAUCUUCGAUAGACAAGACUGUUCGGCUAUGGGAUGUUGAAACUCAGAGUUGCUUAAAAAUGUUCGCGCAUAACGACUAUGUUACUUGCAUACAGGUCAAUCCAAUGGAUGAUGACUACUUCAUCAGCGGUUCUCUGGAUGCAAAGGUUCGACUUUGGAAUAUAUCUGAUCGGAAAGUUGUAGAUUGGACUGAUCUUCAUGAAAUGGUCACUGCUACUUGCUUCACCCCAGAUGGCCAGGGCGCUUUAAUAGGCUCACAUAAAGGCAGCUGUCGUGUGUACACUACCUCUGAAUGCAAACUGGAACAAAAAGACAACAUCGACAUUCAACCUAAGAAAAAUUCUCAGCUCAAGAAGGUCACUGGUUUACAGUUUGCCCCAUGGAACCCAGCAGAAGUGCUUAUAACUUCAGCUGAUUCUCGCAUCAGAAUUUUUGAUGGGUCAGAGAUGAUCUAUAAGUUUAGAGCAUCAGGUUUCCGAAAUACAAGCAGCCAGAUUGCAGCUUCCUUCAGUUCAGAUGGGAAGUAUGUCAUAAGUGCAAGUGAAGACUCUCAUGUCUACAUCUGGAAGAGAGAAGAACCUAAGACCCCCACUGGUAAACGUAGAACUUCAAUCUCUGUUCAAGCUCACGAGCGCUUUCAAUGUAAAGAUGUUUCAGUUGCCAUCCCAUGGCCAGGUAGUGUAAAGAAUGAACCACCACUCGUAGAGAUGCACUCAAAAAGGCAUUCAAAACGUUUCCUCCCGCCCCCAUAUCCCACUGUUGGCUCUCCUACAAAAGAAAACCCCGAUGUGGCAAAUAGUAAAAGGCACUUGCCACCUCUACCCAUAAAAGUUAAUGCAUCGGAGAGAGUCCAAAGUAGUCAGGAAGAGGAAGACUUAGCUCAACUUUCUCGGACAGAUUCUGGUAUUGGUCCCAGUGAAUCAUUUGUAUCAGGUUCUUCAUCAACUAGGUUUGGUGAUUCACCUUCUAUAUCUGCGUCCAGCAGCUCACGAUCACACUCUUGGUCCUCCUCCUGGUCUCAAGAUGGUAGUAACAGCAAUGGCAGCAACGUUGUCCAAGCAACAGCAUGGGGCAUGGUAAUCGUGACAGCUAGUUUGGGAGGUGAGAUCAGAGUCUAUCAAAAUUUUGGGCUACCUCUGAAAGCUGGUCGUCAGACCAAUCUCUUUAGAGACCUGACAUAAAUUGUUGUUGAGGGAACAAAGCGAUACCUAUAUUCUGUUCUUGAGCUUGAAAUUUUUCUAUAAGUACUUAGUUGUUUAAGACUUAGUCGAGCUCAAGUUACACUGAACAAGGCAGAAGCCAUCGGCUUCACAUUGUUGAUAAGUAAAUGCGGAAAAAGUUAAGUUUUUUCCUUUUAGUACCUUGUACAAUAGAAAGACCAAGCAGAGAUCACAGUGGUUCAAUGUUCCAACAAAUUGAGCAUUUUAACUAGCAUUAUGCAAAGCUUUGCUUUUUU